AUGGGCCUCCUAGACGACGCCUCCUCCGUCAUCUCGGGUCGAACAGCCCACUCAACCUCCAAACGGCACCACCGAUCCCACCACCGCUCCAGCAGGAAGCACCACCGUUCGAGGUCCAAGGACCGCUCUUCUCCCCGGGAGUAUCAUCGCGAGGAGCGCUCCCGGAGCAGGCGCCGUUCUUCAAAGAAGCAUCAUCAUCGUCAUGCGGGGGAGGAAAGCGGGUCGGUGAUGGGGGGUAUAACCUCCUUCUUCGCCUCCCCGUCCUCAGACGACGACGACCUCAUCUACGGCGACCAUGAGCCCGCCCCCUCCCGCUCCCAGCGCAACCGUUCCCGGUCGAGGUCUCGUCAUAGGGGCAGUGUGGAUGAUGAUUCCCGUUCGUUCUUCUCCCAAUCCAACGCCUCACGCGCGUUGUUUAACCUCGCAGGCGGCAACGCAUCCCGAUCCUCCUUCUUUGCUGGGUUUGGCGGCCGACCAAGCACCCCCUCCUCCUACUAUAAACGCUCCCCCCGCCCCAACCUCGUAACCAAACUCCACAAAAAAAUCCGCCGCCUCCUCCGCGACCUCCUCAACCAUGCAAAGCGCCACCCCCUCAAAGUCUUCAUGCUAGUCAUCAUGCCCCUCCUCACCGGCGGGUUCCUCACCGCCCUCCUCGCAAAAGUAGGGAUCCGUCUCCCCAAAGCAAUCGAGCGGCUCAUCGGGGUGGCCGGUAAAGCCGCAUCAGGAGACAGCGUAGGACUCGUCGGCGAGGCAGUCAAACUCGCCGGUGCGGCUGGGGGUGCCGCUGGGGCGGUCAAAAUGGCCAGGUCAACAGUGGAACGAUCGACGAGGGGUUACGACGGGAGUUCGUGGGAGAAGACGACCGAGAGUUUUACUAGGGAAUUAGGGGGUGGUGGUGGAUGGGGGGAUGGGAUGGUCAAGGGGGUGACAAAGUUCUUUUCUGAUUAA